CCAGCCCAGGGAGCCAAGCCCUAGGCCCUACCCUCUACUCACUGUGGCCCCAAAUUCCCAACUGCUCCUCCUCUUCCCCGUCGUCUUCCUCCCCGACUCCGUCUCCGUCUCCGUCUCCGUCCCCGGCCUCCCCCUCCCCCUCCCCCAGCCCCAAUUCUCCGUCUCCUCCUCCUGUCCCUCUCCGCGUCCGAGGGUUGCAGCCCUCCGCAUCCGCCGGACCCCACCGGGAAUGGCGGCGUGAGGAGGUCCCCGUACUUACUAGGGUUCUUCGGCCCGGGAGGCCAAGGGGACACCUGGUUGGACUUUGGAGCGAGGGGCCCGCCAUGGCGACCGACGUGCCCAUGACCCCGGAGCUCGAGCAGAUCGACGGAGAGAUCCACGACAUCUUCCGCGCCCUCCAAAAUGGAUUCCAAAAGAUGGAUAAGAUUAAAGAUUCAAAUAGGCAAGCUAAACAGUUGGAAGAUCUUACUGUGAAAAUGAAGGAGUGCAAGCGCUUGAUCAAAGAGUUUGAUCGCAUUCUCAAAGACGAGGAGUCAAAUAAUCCACCUGAGAUCAACAAGCAGCUAAAUGAUAGAAAACAGUUCAUGAUCAAAGAGUUGAAUUCCUAUGUCACCUUGAGGAAAACAUAUCAAAGUAGCCUUGGUAACAACAAUAAGAGGGUUGAGCUCUUCGAUAUGGGUGCUGGAAGUAGUGAGCCUGCUGUUGAGGACAAUAUUCAAAUGGCAUCAGCCAUGACAAAUCAACAACUCAUUGAUGCUGGAAGGAACCAAAUGGACCAAACAGAUCAAGCUAUUGAACGUUCAAAAAUGGUUGUAGCACAAACUGUUGAGACUGGAGCUCAAACUGCUGCUACAUUAACAGCGCAAACAGAGCAAAUGAAGAGAAUUGGUAAUGAGCUAGAUACUGUCCACUUUUCACUGAAGAAAGCUAGCAAACUAGUGAAAGAGAUUGGUCGCCAGGUAGCGACUGACAAAUGUAUCAUGGCAUUCCUCUUUCUUAUCGUUGUGGGUGUGAUUGCUAUCAUUGUUGUUAAGAUCGUCCAUCCGAAUAACAAAAACAUCCGAGACAUUCCAGGACUGGCUCCGCCUGCUCAAAACUACCAGAACAGGAGAUUAUUGUGGGCAGAAGCUUUCAUAGGUCCGUGAUGACUGUAAAUGUAGGCUUCAUGCAGGCAGGUGCACUGCUUGCGAAGCAGCAGCUAUCCAUAGGGCAAAAGAUAUGGAGUAACAAUUCUUUGUGCUUGUAUAUUUUUUCUGUCAAGUAGCCCUAGGUCUGUAUUCCUGCUCCUGGUGUUUGUGCACCGCUGGCCGUUUCGUUGUGUAUAUGCAACAGAGAUGAGUUAAACCAAACCAGUAAUUAUGACAGAAUACCUGAAAGAGUUAUAGUGGUGAAAUUUCAUGCUUA